AAGAGUUUCCUACGACCAGCGCUGCCAUCAAUCUGCCGGCGACGCGCACCGUGGCAUCCCCCAACCAAGCGCUGCGACAAUCACUAGAAUUCUCUUCUUCUACCUCCAUCGCAACCCUCUCAAUCGAUCUCUCUGCAUUUUCCACAAAUAUUUGGCGAUUUUGGGGAUUUUUUGGAUGGAAAAGAAAAGAGUGGAUGAACAAGAGCCCCCACCUGCCUCACUGCCUAAAGUUGACAGAUUUGGAUUUCUAAAGCAGGAAACUAACUCACCUGAUGGAUUAGCAAAGAGCAGAUCAGCUGCAGAGUAUGAGAGGGAGGAAAACAGAAUUAAGAAAUGGAGAAAGAUGAUAGGGGUUGGAGGAAGUGAUUGGAAGCAUUAUGUUCGAAGGAAACCCCAUGUUGUCAAAAGGAGAAUAAGGAAAGGAAUUCCUGAUUGUCUAAGAGGACUUGUCUGGCAACUGAUAUCUGGAAGUCGUGACCUCUUGCUCAUGAAUCCAGGUGUUUAUGAGCAACUAGUCAUAUAUGAGACGUCUGCUUCUGAACUAGAUAUCAUCCGAGAUAUUUCUCGUACAUUUCCUUCACAUGUUUUCUUCCAGCAGAGGCAUGGUCCAGGUCAAAGAUCUCUUUAUAAUGUUUUAAAAGCUUACUCUGUAUAUGACAGAGAUGUUGGAUAUGUACAGGGCAUGGGAUUUGUCGCGGGUCUCUUGCUUCUUUAUAUGAGUGAAGAAGAUGCAUUUUGGUUACUGGUAGCCCUUCUAAAAGGAGCCGUGCAUGCUCCAAUGGAAGGAAUGUAUUUGGUUGGUUUGCCGCUUGUGCAGCAAUAUCUUUUCCAGCUAGAUCAGUUAGUGAGAGAGCACUUACCGAAGUUGGGAGAGCAUUUUACUCAAGAAAUGAUAAACCCUAGCAUGUAUGCUAGCCAAUGGUUCAUAACUGUUUUUUCUUACUCAUUCCCAUUCCACUUGGCUCUUAGGAUUUGGGAUGUCUUUCUUUUCGAGGGCGUCAAGAUUGUCUUUAAAGUUGGUUUAGCACUACUAAAAUUCUGCCAUGAUGAUCUGGUGAAGUUGCCUUUCGAAAAACUUAUCCAUGCACUACGGAAUUUUCCUGAAGAUGCUAUGAAUCCAGAUAUUUUAUUACCAAUGGCUUACUCUAUAGAGGUUAGCCCUUACCCCACCCCAACACUACUUGACUAUUGCCCGCUGGUUGGUUAGAGUGAAAAAGACAUGUUGAGGUGUCCAAGCGAUUGGAGGAAUUGAAGGAUGAAUAUGAGAAACAGCACGGGAAACUGUCCGAGCGUGUUAAACAGAGGCUGCAGCAGCCAUCUUGAAUGACGACGAUGCAUCCUAAUGGCAACAAGCAUUGUUGCUAGGCGAAGUAUUUGUCAUGCACGAGGUUUUAUAUUGAUUGAUCAGUUUUUUAAAAUUGUACAAAAGCCUGAAUCUGAUGCUUGUAUUUUACAUUGCUGGGUGUGCUUGUCAAUUGAAAUUUGGCAAUUUGAGAGAGGGGUUAUCUUUUUA